GUGUGUGUUGCAGUUAGAGCAGGAAUGCUAUGCAGGUCUAGACUUGAACUUCCGCAUUAAACAGGAAGAAGUCAACAGUCAGAGGGCCAGAUGCAAUCCACAUCAGCACACCCAAAUCUGCAUGCAUAUGACUGACUUUUGCUGUUGAGAUUUAUUGGAGAAUAACAUUUUUAAGGGGAACUGAUGUCUGUGAAGCGGCUACCUUGAAACUAACCGGUGAAACGAGGAUUAAAACAUUAGGAAAAAGAUGGACGACAUUGACGCAAUGUUCAGUGACCUGCUGGGGGAGAUGGACCUCCUCACACAGAGUCUCGGAGAGGAAACGGUACCGCCUGAAUCUCUCCCCGCUGCCAACCAGGAAGUAAACUUAUCCAUCGGCUUCACUGACCUGAAUGAGUCUCUCCUCGAACUCGAGGACAAUGAUUUGGAUGCGCUCAUGGCGGAUUUGGUGGCUGACCUCAAUGCGACUGAAGAGAAACUCGCGGCAGAGAUACAAGGUCUGAAAGCGCCAUCACCUCCCCCGGGAGACCUGCCACCACCACCUAAAGGCCUGACCACCCACCCUGCCUCUCCCCACGCUUCAUCAGUGAGCAGCAGCGUUAGCACCCCAGCCUCGUCUGCCGCCUCCCCUUUACCACCUCCGCCUCCCCAGGCUGCAAAACCGACAAAGGAGGAACUCGACGCACAGAUGAAAGCUGACAAGAUAAAACUUGCUCUGGAGAAGCUGAAGGAGGCUAAAGUGAAAAAGUUGGUGGUGAAGGUGGUAAUGAAUGACGGCAGCUCCAAAACUCUGAUGGUGGACGAGAGGCAGAACGUCAGGGAGGUUUUGGACAACCUGUUUGAGAAGACUCACUGCGACUGCAAUGUGGACUGGAGCCUGUGUGAGACCAACCCCGAACUGCAGCUCGAACGGACGUUUGAAGAUCACGAGAACCUUGUGGAGCCACUGUUGGCGUGGAUGAGGGACAGCGAGAACAAAGUCCUCUUCAAAGAGCGGGGACAAAAAUACGAGGUUUUCAAAAACCCACAGAACUUUUAUCUAUGGAAGAAGGAUAAGAAAGCUCUCAAAGAAAUAAAAGACAAAGACAAGGAGAUUUUAAUACAGGAGAACUUCUGCGGGACUUCCAUCAUAGUGCCCGAUCUUGAGGGGGUGCUGCACCUCAAGGAGGACGGCAAGAAGUCCUGGAAGCAGCGGCUCUUCCAGCUGAGAGCCUCGGGAAUUUACUAUGUGCCCAAAGGGAAGACCAAGUCAUCCCGUGACCUCGUGUGCUUCCUCCAGUUCGACAAUGUAAAUGUCUACUAUGGCAAAGACUUUAAGAGCAAAUACAAGGCCCCAACUGACUUCUGCUUUGUUCUGAAGCAUCCUCAGAUCCAGAAGGAGUCUCAGUAUAUCAAGUACCUGUGCUGCGACGACGCUUGGGCCAUGAAUCUUUGGGUGACCGGAAUACGGAUUGCAAAGUACGGUGCGUUGUUGUAUGAAAACUAUAAAACUGCUGAGAAGAAGGCAGCUGUCACGUCUGUGUGGACGAACCGCAGCACUCCAUCAAGCUCCAAUCCAUCAACGCCCUCACCAACCGUCAAAGCCAAAUCACAGAACCAGGCAAACGGUCACGCUCCCAGUCCUCAACCCAGACCUGUCUCCAUGGACUUUGGAAAUGUCCCACUUCCACCUCCACCCCCACCAUUAGAGGAGAUUCUCCCGCCACCACCUCCAGACCCAGUAUUCCCUCCUCCGCCGCCUCCUUCAGCUGCCAAGAGCUCCUUGAAACCUACCCCGCCCCAGCGACACCUGCCAGCUAACUUCCCUCCACCUCCACCUGCAAUGGACAACCUCCCUCCUCCGCCAAUGCCUCCACCCAUGGAUGACUCCUCAGAUGCCCCACCGGACUUCCUUCCGCCGCCUCCUCCGGCCACGGGCUUUGGUUCGCUGCCACCUCCUCCGCUGUCGGUGAACUCUCUGCCACCGCCGCCCCCUUGUUUCGGGGGUUCGGACCAGUCUCUGCCUCCUCCACCGCCGGAUCCAGGGUUUUUACCACCUCCUCCACCUCAGCCAAUGUUCACAGGGGCUGGCGCUCCCCCUCCACCUCCACCUCCACCGCCUCCCCCACCUGCUGCUCCUGCUGCCACCCCGAGGGCACCGCUGCGGCCCUCUGGAUCGUUGAGGAAGAUGCCUCCUGCUCCGCCAAAGAGGACUACACCGUCGCUUCAAGGAGGAGGUGGAGGAGAUGGUGGCGACUUCAUGUCAGAACUGAUGCGAGCCAUGCAAAAGAAACGCAGUGAUAAUUAGACUGCAUUGGAGUAGAAGUACAGUCCACUCAUCAUCACAUCCACAGCUGUAAGCAGAGCUGGACAAUACGACAAAUCAAAAUCACGAUUAUUUAAAAAAUUUUUUACUUCCAUUAUGAUUUAUGAACGAUUAAUAUGGCGCUUAUUGGUCUCUACAUAUUUGGCACUCACCACUGUCGUGAUGGAUAAGACCCAAUCAGGAUGUGAGGCAGGUGUCUGCAUCAUUGUUUCCAAAAGUCCGCCCAGAAUACAGCGUGAUUAACCCCCCCGAGUUUUCAAACUAAAACAGGGCCAGCAGCCACAUUUUAGCUGGAAGUGACGUUUUUAGCAAGACAAAAAAGAAAAAUCGCCAUUUUAGGGGCUCGAAAACUCCGGUGUGGUGGACGCCAGGCAUAGACGUAGCAAAAUGUGGAUGUAGCCUGAGGCUCAGUGUUUGCGCAGGCGUGAUCCAUAUCACCAGCUUCGCUUAGAGUCAAUGUGGACUAACGUUAGUUGGACAGGGCGGAGGCACGUGAGUGAGCAUGAGGUAGAUGGUUCAUGAAUGCACGCGUUUGGGCAAAGAAUCAACCACAGACUAUAUAUAAAGAUGUAUGUAGUCUCUGUUACGACAUCCAUAGGCUUCUGAAGAGUGGAUUUUUGCAGCUCAGAAUGAGCUGCUCCACCGUCGCCAUCUUGGCAGUGCCUGACUCCGCAGGGAUAAUCUAAAAAUGGGCACAGAGGUGGGGCGUGGAGACUCGCUGCAUGCUGGUUUAAUAACUGGCAAGCAUCGUUCGCACAGAUGGACAUGUGGGUGUCUUUUUUGAAAGCUAACCCAAAGCUAAUUCAUGGGGAUUGACUCACUUUUGGAGCCAGACUCUAGUGGCCAUUCAAGGAACUGCAGUUUUUUUUACCAUUUAACCAUUACGUAACCAUGCCUGACUGAGGAGAAGGUGAUUGUUCUAGAGACCGGUUUUGUAAACUUCUAAAUGUGUUGUUGUUGUAAACUUGAGCUCACAGACAUCGGUGACUGCCACAAUUUGAUAUAAGAAAAUGUACUGCAAAAAACAUGGAUGUAUUUUUUUUAAUUUUUUUUUAUGACAAUAAUGCUGUCAUUGUACAAUGAGAUAUUUUUUGUAUAUAUGUUGUCAUGUGUUCAUGGUAAGCUGUAAAUAUCCUGAAGACUAGAAGACUGUUAUAGUUUACUGUUAUCUGAAUAAAAUUUGUCAUAAGAAAAGCA